CAUGUCGCAAGAAGUCAGAAAGCCGCCUCAGGCCGCGUUCUCAUGUUCAACCCCACUGGACCCGCGCGUGUUCUCAAGGUCCCUCCCCCCUCUUCUCUGGGCGUUUCUCCCAAAUCAGGCUCCUCCCACAGUCGCUUCAGCGUCAACACGUACCAACGAACGCUGAACCCACCACACGCAUGCACAUCGCAAAAGACGUCACGACUUCAAUAUCAAAAACCCGCGCAAAACUCCGUCCCCUCUUCACCCAUCUCGCCUCCAUCUACACCCCCACCCAGCUCGAUGCACUCGCCGUCGCGUUCGCAAACCCUCGCCAGACGACGUUUAGGAUCAAUACGCUGAAACUGGGUUUGGGGUUGAUGGACGGUGAGGGGGAUGGGGCGUCGUCGAAUGAGGAGGGAGUUAAGAAAAGGGAAUACAGGACGAACGACAAAGACCCCCACCACACCGAACGCACCCGCAUCCUCUCCCAACUCACAUCCUCCCUCUCCCCCAAACACCGCUCCAAACGACUCACACCAGCCCCGUUCGCACCACGCACUGCUUUCGGGCUCCGCAACGACGCCGCCUCGCCUUUCAUCGAUGUGCGGCAUCUCGCCCAUUUACCCGUCGUCAAAAUGGGGCUCGUGCAUUUCCAGGGUUGGAGCUCCAUGUUACCGCCGCUGGCUGCUGGUGUGGGGAGGGGGGAGAGGGUGUUGGACAUGUGUGCAGCGCCGGGGGGGAAGACGGGGAUGCUUGUUGAGGGGGUUGUCGGGUCGUUGGGUGGGAGUCGAGAUGUGAAGGGUGCGAGGGAUGGGAAGGGUAUGGUGGUAGCCAACGAAAUCGAGCACGAGCGCGCCCAGCGUCUCACGACCAACAUGGACACACUCGUACCUGCACAUCUACGGCAUCUCGUCCAUGUUCAGAUCAAAGACGGGCGGAAACUGCCAGCGUUCUACAAUCCGCCCCCCGCCGGCGUCUCACCAGCCCCACCCUCACAACAACCCCAACCACACCCCGCAACCCUGUUCACAUCCAUCCUCCUCGACGCCCCCUGCUCCGGCUCCGGCACAAUCGCCCUCGCCCAGCCCGCCACCUACACCCACUGGACCCCGACCUGGGUCCUCAAACACGCCCGCCUCCAGCUCCAACUCCUCCACGCCGCCCACGCCCUCCUCUCCCCGGGCGGACACCUAACCUACUCGACAUGCACUCUGAGCUGGGAGGAGAACGAGGGUGUCGUGAGCGCGUUUCUGGCGGAGGCGGGCGAUAUGAAGAUUGUCGAGCUGGCGGGCGGGUUGGGGGAGAUGAGGGAUCGGGGAGGCGAGAAGGCGUUUUCGGCCGGGUUGGCGGAGACGAAGGGCGAGAGGGCUGCGGGCGGGAUGGAGAUGGCGCUGCGGGUGUUUCCGGAUGAAUUGUAUGAGGGCUUUUUUGUGGUUAGGAUGCAGAAGGGUAUCUGUGAAGGGUAGAGCGUUAGAUGAUAGAAAGGAGUGUAUAGAGCGUUGACUUUU